CGAGUGCUCUAUUGCCCGACAUUGUGAGAGCGCGUGCCAUCAUUACAGUACAGGGGUGGAGAGUGGCAACUCAGAGCGAGCACAUGGAGAAAAGAGAGAGCAUGUGCGGCUUUCUCACUUACGUAAAUAUAUCCAUGUACAAAAAUGUGCUAUUAGGGUUGCGUGGCUCGUGCGCAACCGCGUAUGCAGCUCCAUUCUCGUUUGCGAUCGUCAAACUGUUUUAUACCACUCUGUCUCACAGACUACCAAUAUCAAGACCAUAACCAACGUAAACUGUUAGUCAACAUUCAUAUCGAGAAUUGAUAACUCUCCAAAACAGAUUCCCACUGUGGAGCUAAAGAGAAGUUAUAAUUUCCUGAGUGUAUUUGCCUAUUGCUGGAACACGGACCGGACAGCUUUCGGAUUGUGUCAGUACUACGGACUAUUUUCUCUUUUCCCAUCUACAACCCAUGUCGAGUGGCCGGUCCGUCCUGGAGGGCACAGGAGGAGCUAUGAACGGCGCCCUGCGCUCGGUUCGGAAGGGCAUCUCGUGUCGCUUCCAGGACACGAACUGCACGCGCAUCGUGGAGACGCUUUCCUCCUGGAAUGACACCGUGGUCAAUGAGUACCGGCUGGUGGAUCUGCCUUCUGUCACCUCUGUGGCCAUGGUGCAGGAAGCCUCUCGCCACCCCUUCCCCACUGUGGAUGUACCUGACCAUGUCCAUUACACCAUAGGGGUAGUCAUUCUGGCUAUCGGCAUCACUGGCAUAGUGGGCAACUUCCUGGUUAUCUAUGCCUUCAGCAGGAGCAAGUCACUGAGGACUCCGGCCAACAUGUUCAUCAUUAACCUGGCCAUCACUGACCUCCUGAUGUGCCUCACACAGGCACCCAUCUUCUUCACCACCUCCAUGCAUAAGAGAUGGAUCUUCGGAGAGAAAGGCUGUGAGCUGUAUGCGUUCUGUGGGGCUCUAUUUGGGAUCUGCUCUAUGAUCACUCUGAUGGUGAUAGCAGUGGACCGCUACUUUGUGAUUACACGUCCACUGGCCUCCAUCGGGGUGCUGUCCAAGAAACGAGCGCUGCUCAUCCUCAUGGCUGCCUGGGUCUACUCAUUGGGAUGGAGCCUGCCCCCUUUCUUUGGCUGGAGCGCCUAUGUUCCAGAGGGCCUGUUGACCUCCUGUUCAUGGGACUAUGUGACCUUUACCCCGUCAGUGCGUGCCUACACCAUGUUGCUCUUCACCUUUGUCUUCUUCAUCCCCCUGAUCGUCAUCAUGUACUGCUACUUUUUCAUCUUCAGAGCCAUACGUACAACGAACAGGGCUGUAUCCAAGAUCAACUGCAAUGGGAGCACCAGAGAUUCAAUUAAGAGUUUCCGUCGGCUGAAGAAUGAGUGGAAGAUGGCUAAGAUUGCUCUGAUAGUCAUCCUCCUCUAUGUAAUCUCUUGGUCCCCAUACUCUGUUGUGGCCCUGACUGCAUUUGCAGGGUAUGCAGAUAUUCUGACCCCAUACAUGAACUCAGUUCCUGCUGUGAUCGCCAAGGCUUCCGCCAUUCACAACCCCAUCAUCUAUGCCAUCACCCACCCAAAGUACAGGAUGGCCAUAGCCAAGUACAUCCCGUGUCUCGGUGUGUUGCUGUGUGUACGUAGACGUGACCUGCGCUCCACCGAGAGCAGCUUCAUGUCCACCAGACGCUCCACUGUCACCAGCCAGACCUCCGACAUCAGCGAUCGCUUACGCCGCACCAGCACCGUCAAGUCCCGCCUCUCCUCCGCCUCCGACAGCGAAUCGGGCUGGACAGAUACGGAGGCUGACCUCUCCAGUAUGGGCUCCAGGCCGGCUAGCCGCCAGGUGUCCUGCGAUAUCGGCAAGGACACAACCGAGCUCCCAGCCCUCAAGCCUUACAGCUUCAGCUCCAAGAUGAAGAGCCACGACUCUGGCAUUUUUGAGAAGGCUGGUGAUUCGUCAGAAGCCAUCGUAACGAGAGGAAUGAUUGGCCAGAUUCCCAGCAUCAUCAUCACCUCCGAGACCAGCCCUUUCUUACCUGUCCUUAGGGCCAGUUCCCGUGGUUCCCGUACAAGGCCAUCCAAUGGCAGUAUAGAUGUGGGGUCUGUUACUAAGGAGCCACAGGAGAAUGUCCAGCAGAGGUCAACACUUCCCUCUAACUCCUCUAACAGUGAUGCCUCUACACCACUCAUCUGAUCACAACCACAGUACAUGAUAAAUUAUAAUAAAUGCCAGGGUCUGUACUCAACAUGAAACUUUUCUACAAGUCAAGUUAACCCCCAUGUGAAUACUCUUGCUGUACGUUCUUUACUGAAAAGGUUUUGUUUUGUUGCUUUGUUAAUGUGGUACAACCAGGGCCGGCUCCAAGCAUAAGUGACGUAAGCGGUCGCUUUGGGGCUCCGGCCGCCAUGGGGCCCCCGAACAUACUGUUCUCUACACCACAUUGCAAAAUGUCAGUGAAUAGUACCAUAAAACUAAAUCAAUGUAUCUCCGCCAUCAACAGGGAGGCCACAG